AUGGCGGGUUACAGAGCAGACGACGAGUACGAUUACCUAUUCAAGGUGGUUCUGAUCGGCGAUUCCGGUGUGGGAAAGUCCAAUUUGCUCUCCCGAUUCACCAAGAACGAGUUUAGCCUCGAGUCUAAAUCCACGAUCGGCGUCGAGUUCGCGACUCGGAGCUUGAACGUUGAUGAGAAAGUCAUCAAAGCUCAGAUUUGGGAUACUGCUGGUCAGGAAAGGUACCGAGCCAUCACGAGCGCGUACUAUCGAGGAGCUGUUGGAGCGCUUCUCGUCUACGACGUAACACGACACUCCACGUUCGAGAACGUCGAGACGUGGCUAAAAGAGCUCAGGAACCACACCGAUCCAAACAUCGUAGUCAUGCUCGUCGGGAACAAAUCCGAUCUCCGCCAUCUCAUCGCCGUUCAGACGGAAGACGCGAAGUCGUUCGCGGAGAAAGAGUCUCUCUACUUCAUGGAGACAUCGGCUCUCGAAUCCACCAACGUUGAGAACGCUUUCGCGGAGGUCCUCACUCAGAUCCACUGCAUUGUGAGCAAGAAGGCGAUGGAGGCAGCGAGCGAGUCUGCGAAUGUGCCAACCAAAGGAGAUAAGAUCGAUAUCGGUAAAGAUGUCUCCGAUGUGAAGAAACCAGGAUGCUGCUCAAACUAA